AUGAUUAUUAUGCCAUAUUAUCCAUUAGGUGAUUUGACAAAUUACAUAACUAAUGACUUUUAUGAUAUUAGUUGGAAAACAAAGUUGGAUAAAUUAAAAAGUAUUAUAAACGGGCUUAUUAAUAUACAUGAUGCCAAUAUUGUACACAGAGAUUUUCACAGUGGAAAUAUCUUUUUUCGUGAUAAAUUUCCAUAUGUAUCAAUAGGUGAUUUGGGAAUAAGUAAAUCUGCAACUGAAUCUACAGAUGAUAACGAAAAUUAUGGUAUUAUUCCUUAUAUGGCACCAGAGAUUUUUCGAGGUCAAAAAUAUACCAAAGCUUCAGAUAUUUAUAGUUUUGGAAUGAUUAUGUGGGAGUUUAUGACGGGUAGAAGACCUUUUUGGGAUAAAGUUCACGAUACAGAACUCAUAAUUGAAAUAUAUAAAGGUUCAAGGCCACCAAUUGUUACAAAUGCGCCUGAAGAUUAUGUUGAUUUAAUGAAAGAAUGUUGGCAUUCAGAUCCAAAUAAAAGACCAACAGCUUUAUAUGUAUUUGAAGUAAUGUGUAAUAUUUAUAGUAAUGAACGAAAAAAUAAAUCUAGAAUCAUAAAAUCAUCAGAUAUUGGUCCUGUAAAAAUAAAUAAUCCAGGUGCUAUUUAUAAAAGUAGACCUAUAAGUAGUAUGAGUAGUAUGAUUCAAUCUGCGAUAUCUACAAGAACUUUAUCUACUGGAAGUUUAACAAGUCAAUCUAUAACUUCAGAAAUUGAUAAAAGGAAGUUUGUAGAUAAUCGAGUUGAAAAUGAUUUGAAUGAAGGUAAAAGUAAUAAAAAGAUUAAAUUAGUCGAAAAUGAAAAUAAUGAUUAUCUUACAGAAGAACUUGAAUUGGAUAUUAAUAUAAAUCCUGAACAAAAUAACAAUGAAAAAUACAUUACCCAAGAAAUCGAUUUUGAUAUUUGAAUGUAUUUAAAAUCAAUCGUUUAAAAUUUCUGUAACGGUAAAUAUUUGUUGUCUAGGUUGUACGAAAUUAUUUAUAUUUCAUAAAUUUAUAACUUUAUUUAUU